UCAAAUUUUUUAACGAACUGUCAGACGGCGAGUGGAAAAAAAGUGUCUGCGAGAUGAAUUUUAUUUAAUUUUCCAUUCUCACGUAUUUUCUUCAAAUAUUUUAAGUUGUUUUCAUCAUCACAACACAUCACGACGGUAUUUACCUGUGUAGGCACACAUUUCACGCAUUUUCACCGCCACGAGUGCAGUGUUUGAGUGUGAAAAGUGUGACCAAUUUGGUGGCGUUCUCCCCUGACAAAAAAAGUUCUCUCUUGCAAGAAGCUUCUGACGACAUUGUGAGUGGGAAUUAAAAAAAUUGAUAUUGCAUUUAUUGUGGUACUUGAUGAGUGGAUAGACGUUGAAAAGCUGCAAAAAAUGCCCUCAGUGAGGUGUUUCAGUGGAUAAUUUUCGUUUGAAGUGCACAAGUGUUUGGAGAAAACAGCCAGAAUAUAAAAUGCCCACAAGAACGGGAAUCAGGAAGCCCCUCGGGCUGGUGAUCCGCAAUCGGAAGACAAUAAAAGACGGUGUCAUCACGAGUUCCGGAAUUGGAGAUCCCAGUGUCUAUCAUGCACUUGUAGUGAUAUUUUUGGAAUUUUUCGCCUGGGGUCUUCUCACAAUGCCUGUAAUUUCGGUUCUCAAUCAGACUUUCCCAGAUCACACAUUCCUGAUGAAUGGCCUGGUGAUGGGAAUAAAGGGGAUUCUCUCAUUUCUCAGUGCACCUCUCAUUGGAGCCCUGUCUGAUGUGUGGGGUAGAAAAUUUUUCCUCCUCAUCACCGUCUUCUUCACAUGUGCUCCAAUUCCUCUCAUGACCAUCAAUACUUGGUGGUUCUUUGCUAUGAUCUCAAUCAGUGGCGUCUUCGCGGUGACUUUUUCUGUGGUGUUCGCCUAUGUGGCUGAUGUUACAACGGUGGAGAACCGAUCGAGAGCCUAUGGGCUUGUGUCGGCUACGUUUGCAGCUAGCCUCGUGAUUUCUCCAGCAUUGGGGGCCUAUUUGAUCUCGAAACACAAUGACACGGUGAUCGUGGCUCUUGCGACGGCCAUUGCGAUCCUCGAUGUCUUCUUCAUUCUUGUUGCAGUGCCGGAGAGCUUGCCAGAAAAAGUCAGACCGAGCUCAUGGGGAGCCCCAAUUAGCUGGGAACAAGCAGAUCCCUUUGCUGCUCUUCGCAAAGUUGGAAUGGAUCAGACUAUCCUGUUGCAGUGUGUCACUGUACUUCUGUCCUACUUGCCUGAGGCUGGCCAAUAUUCCUGCAUCUUUGUGUAUUUGAAUUUAAAAAUGGGCUUCAGUUCUAUUGAAGUUUCUGUUUUUAUUGCCGUUGUUGGAACCUUGAGUAUUCUGGCGCAAUUAGUUUUAGGAGUCUUAAUGAGAGUUCUUGGUGCGAAACGUACAAUAAUCAUAGGGCUGCUAUUUGAAAUGAUGCAACUUCUCUGGUAUGGAUUUGGCAGUCAAACAUGGAUGAUGUGGGCUGCGGGAAUCCUAGCCUCUCUAGGUUCAAUUACUUAUCCAGCAAUAAGUGCAUCUGUUUCAAUUCUUUCCACGCCCGAUCGACAAGGUGUUGUUCAGGGAAUGGUGACGGGAAUGCGUGGAUUGUGCAAUGGUCUGGGACCGGCCAUGUUUGGGGUGAUUUUCUACCUGUUCCACGUGGACUUGAAUGAUGAGCACAACAAAAUAAACAGUAGUCAUAGUGUAGAUACGAAAUUGAUAAGGAAUGAGACGAUUAGGAGUGGAGAGCCAUUCAGCCAAUUUGUUCCGGGGCCCCCAUUUGUCUUUGGCGCCAUGAUGGUCAUUGUGGCUAUUUUGGUGGCCACAUAUAUUCCUGAGAGUCCUACUGAGAGGGUAAUCCGGAGAGUUUCAGGAGUUUCUCUGGACAUUCAGACAGACACUGAGAAAGGUGGCAGGAAAGUAGCUUCAGCUGCAGCUGGUCCAUUGCUAAGUCCGCUUUCGUCACUGCAUCAGGACUCGGCUCAACUGUAGAGGAGGAGGAGGAGAAUGUGUCAUUCGUUUUUUUUUUUGUUUCUUCGAUUACUUUUGCUCUUCUGUCCAUCUCGGCAUUUUUCUGCUGCGGGCAACGCCAAACAAAUCACAAAAAAAAAGCUCAGCCACACACCAUAGUUUUUUACUUCUGGACAUAUAUAUAUAUUUUUUAAUUCUACAAAUCCUGGAGAGAUGGACAGUGGCCGGAGAAUCAGAAUUUUUUCACAAUUGUGAUGAAGAUCCAACAAAGUGUUUUAGGAAAAAGUAUAUUAUGGAAGAAAAAAUAGCCUCCCUGGGCAAAUUUUUUGAGAACUAAACAAGAAAGUUAUAGAGAGAUUGCAUUGAUGGAGCAACAAAAAAAAGAAAACUAUGUAUAUGUAAUGAUAUAUAUGAGAAGUUUUGAGAAAAAAAAAGAUUCAUGCUAGUCUUGAAA